AUGAAUAUUCGCAAACUCGCCAUUUUCAUUAGUCUGAUCGCUGCUGUGGAACGAAACGUUGUAGCACAUUCGGUGCAAACCGCUGCCUUGGAUAAUGAGACUCGACUCGAGAAUAUUAGUAUCCAUGCCCCGUAUCACCGAGUCAAUGCCUACUCACACUUCGAGCUGUCGUUUGGCCUUCCCGGGCAAGGAGCGCUGAAGCUGAGCUUGGAGCCGAACCAUGAUAUCCUCACACAAGAGUCCCGGGUCCAGUAUCUCGGUACAGACGGCGCAGUUCGCAGGACGGAAGUCGUGAACAAAGCCCAGCAUAAGCUGUUCAAGGGAGUUGUGUCUGCUCAGCACAUUGGCGCAGGUGCAACUUGGAAUCAGGUUGGCUGGGCGCGGAUAUACAUACAUCGAGAUGGGGAUGAUCCCUUGUUCGAAGGUAUCUUCAGCGUUGUUGAUCAACAGUACCAGGUAAGGAUAGCAUCAGGACCCGCCAGGGAACCACAGAUGGUUGUUCACUAUGACUCUACAUACCAUGCAUGGGACCAACUGGUACCCCGGUCGCCCCAGUUUUCGGGGAAUCCCUUCACCCCAGAUGAAGAUUUACCGUGCCCUAGCACUAGAAGAGUCGCCUUGGUAGGCAUCGCGACCGAUUGCUCCUACUCGGCCUCGUUCACCUCCAGCGAGGAGCUCCGACGGAACGUCAUCAACAUGGUGAACACGGCUUCGGAAGUCUACGAGCGAACCUUCAAUAUCUCCCUGGCCCUCCACGACCUGACCAUUAGCAAUCGAGAUUGCCCAAGCAGUCCUUCCAGUUCAACGCCAUGGAAUGCCGACUGCGCUGCCGGAGAUCUGAACUGGAGACUGGAUCGAUUCUCCUCGUGGCGCAGUUCCAUCAACGAUGACAAUGCAUACUGGACGCUGAUGACCGGGUGUCCGUCAGGUCUGCAGGUCGGUGUCUCUUGGCUCGGUCAGCUGUGUAAUUCCAACUGGGGAGGGCAAGGCGUAUCUGGUGCGAAUGUGGUGGCACGCACACGCAGUGAAUGGCAGGUUUUUGUCCACGAGUCCGGCCACACAUUUGGAGCCGUUCACGAUUGUGAUUCAACGACGUGCCCUUCGAGUCAAGGGCAGUGCUGUCCCUUGUCCUCUUCCACCUGCGACGCAAAUGGACAGUACAUCAUGAACCCGGUCUCCACGUCCUCACAGUCAGCGUUCUCUCCUUGCAGCAUCCGGAACAUCUGCUCGCAACUCGGUUCUCGGCGCGUCAGCACCCGCUGCCUGGUCAGCAACAGCAACAUUACCACCAUCACAGACGGGCAGUGCGGUAACGGCAUUGUGGAGGUCGGCGAGGAAUGCGACUGCGGCGCCAGCUGCGACGAGAACAGUUGCUGUGAUGGAUCGACCUGCCGGUUUCGAGCCGGGGCUGUCUGCGAUGACGCCGCGAGUCCGUGCUGUACCGACUGCCAAUUUGCUUCCGCAGAUACGGUCUGUCGUCCGAGCACCGGUCCAUGUGAUCUUGAGGAGACGUGUCCCGGGGAUUCCACCGUGUGUCCCGCGGAUCGAUUUUUGUCGGAUGGACAACGCUGCGGGGAUGAUGGUUCGAGAUUGUCAUGUUCCAACGGAGAGUGUACAGAAGAUGCGAGCUCAUGGGUGGAACGGCAUCGAUCUCUCGUUAUUGGUCUCGCUGCUGGUAUUGGCGGUGCGUUAGUUCUUGCCCUCUUGGCCUGUAUCUUUUGCAGCUGUCGUCGACGGCCGUCAAAGAAGGCAUCGCCAGCUGUGCCAGUGGUAUCGCAGGUCUAUCCUCCGCCGCCUCCAUAUCGUUACGCCUAG